AUGGCCUGCUGUUUUAAUUACAAAUUUGUGCUCAAUCUAUGUAACUUUUUGUUUCUGAUAUGUGGCUUGCUGCUGGUGGUAUCAGGUCUAUACAUCUUCUCCGAUAACAAACGCAUUCUGCUCUCCAGACUCUUGGCCGCAUCCAGCGAUCGGUUGAGCUCACUUCCGCAGCCGCUGCUUUUCUAUAUAGCACUGGGUGUGGCGAUUGCGGGAUUUGUGGCUACUCUGGCUGCCGUCGUGGGUUUCUGGGCCAGUUGCCUUCACACCUACUGCUUUCUGACCAUAUACUUCCUGAGCGUGGUGGUGCUGCUCCUGACCGAAUCGGUGUUGUGCCUGGCCAUCACAUUGUGGCCUCAUUGUCUGGGCAUCAGCCUGGAUGAAACGCAGAUGGUGCGAUCCUUGCAGAGCAACUAUGGCGUUCCGGGGCAGGAGCAGUUCACCAAUGCCGUGGAUUUGGCUCAGGUUCGGUUCGGCUGCUGCGGGAUGAGAAGUUCCUUGGACUACGACACAUCGUUGUGGAGAUUACAGGGCUAUGGACAGAGGAAUUGGCCUGUGCCGCUCAGUUGCUGUGUCCUGGAAAAUGCGGAUCAUGGCGUGGCAUAUCUGGACCCCAAGCCGGCCAAUGAAUCGAUGUGUCAGUCUCUGGAGCGAUUGUCCUACGAAAGGGAGCGCCACACAGAGUCCUGUCUGCCCCAUCUGGACAACUGGUACCGCGAACAGUACAGCAUCUUUCUGGGCGCCAGUCUAAUACUGGCCCUGAUUGAGUUUUGUGUUCUACUCGCUAUCAUCAUGAGCUGCACCGGACUUGCCUCGCAGAGGGCUUUGCUCAGGAAACCUGUUCAGGAAGUGCGAACUCAAAAAGUAAAGUCGCGACAAACCCUCAUCGAGAACAUAUACGAACCGGAUGUUGAACUGCGCGAAAAUUCCAGUCACAGUGCAGACGGAAUAUAUCUGGGACCAGCUAGCCGACAUGUCAGCAGUGAGGACUUCAAGGAGUUGUAUAUUAAACCGAGAGACUUGUACAAACAACAUAAUCUAAGACCAAGCCCAGCCAGCCGUCCAACACAAAUGAGGAAUUAUUUGGUAUAA